CUGCCCGGAUGAAAACAUGAUUGCAGACGAAUUUUGAAGACAAAACAAGCUGUUUCCAUUCAGUUCAUUCAUGCAAAGCUUAAUCAAUGAACCACUUUUGCUAAACUGAAUGGAAGUCAGAUAACUGCGUGUGUGUGUUUUUAAGCGGGAAUGAAUUAAGUUAUUGCACAAGUAAUAGGUGAGCCGAUGUGGCGCAAUGAAAGCCAGCACCAUAGGGUGAUCAGAUUUCGUCCAUUAUCAUUAGCAGACGGUCCAUGUUAUAUGUGACUUGCUGAUGGCUAAGUCGGAAACAGGAACGCAGUUACUGGCUCGCCUUGGAGCUCGUCCAUCUCUAAGCGGUUUGGAAUCCGCACUUUUUGGAUCAGAACCUGUGUCUGGCAGCGUUUAUGAAUUUUAUGGAGGAGAAGGCACAGGUAAAACCGAGAUGACAUUACACCUGACUGCUAAAUGUAUCCUCCCUGAAAGCUGGCAUGAUGUACCCCUGGGUGGGAAAGACACAGGUGUCAUCGUUGUGGAUACAGAGUAUAAAUUCCCUGUAUUUCGAUUGGCUGUUAUUUUGGAGCACCGGAUUAAGGCAGCCAUGGAAAAAUCCAGUAUAGUGGCGUCAGCUGCAGCAAAAGAAGAAACUAAAAGUAAAAGUUUUGGGUGCACGGAGAAUGGAAAUACCAAUUUGGGGCAAAAUGUCGAUGCUUUUUCAGAGGAAGACAUUGAAAGAUUCAUUCAAAACUGUUUGAGAAAUUUACACAUACUACAGUGUGGCAGCAGUUUUCAGUUUCUCAUGUCAAUGUGUUCGCUAGAGAGUUUGAUAUCAAACAACCCCAAUAUAUCCAUGAUAGUAAUUGAUACAAUCUCGGCGUAUUACUGGGUUGAAAAGUGCCAGGUACCUGACGGUCAACAAGCCAUGGAUUCCGUGAUGAAACCCAUCAUCUCUGUCCUGUCAGAUUAUGUGAGGGACUACAACACGGUGGUGUUGUGUGUAAAAUCUGCUUUGUGCGUCCACAGAAGCAGUCAAAAGUCCGGACAAAGAAGCAAGGGAGAUAACUCUCCUCACCCUGACUCCUCCGUGCAAAGUGCUUCCAGUCUGUCCAGAGAGUUGAAUGCAUCAGACCACUUUGAAUUCUUGGGAAAACUGUGGAAUAAAUUUGUGACUAAGAGGUUCACUUUUACCCAGUCUGCUGUCAGUACUGGACAGGAUUUCUCUGUGACUGCCAGUAAGGAGGGACAAACCACAAAAGUUAAAUUUAAAAUUUUUGAUUCUGGCAUCUAUUUCAUACCGUGAUCGUCUUUGCGCUUUGUAAUUCAUUGCACUUUAUAAUUCAUUGAAAGAACCAUCUUUAUCAGAAAAUUUUCACAUCAUGAUCUUAUUGAUCUUAUUUUGAUAAAAUCCAAGCUUUAUAUUAAGUGAAUUAGUAUGUGUAAUUUGUCAUUACAGGAAACAUAAAGGAAAUAAAACAUAUG